AUGAAAAAGAGAUCAUAUGAUGCUAUUGAUUACUAAAUCAAUGAAUAGACCUCAAUAUAGAAGUAUAUAGAGAAGUUAAAAGAAAAUCACAAGCAAUAAAUUUUAGAGAAACUAUUCAGCUAUGAUAUUAAUUUGUUGAAUUAAGUAUUAUUUAAACUAUUUGUAGGCAUUUCAAAAGUUUAAGUAAAAUACAAAGAAAUCAAUUCCAUUCCAAUUUGUAAACUGCAUAGAUAUAUAAUUAAAAGAUGAUACUAUUGGAUAUUAAAUUAUUGCAGAAGGCAAACGUAUUAGGAUAAUACUCACUAUUUAGUGGCAAUCGUGAUUAGUUCUCAAUAAAAUACAGGGUUUUUAGAUAUUUAGUUACCAUCAAAAAAAUGUUUAUUUCAAUUGUAUUUUGAAAGAAUACAAAGCCUAUAAAAUCUAACAAAAAAAAUAAAUGGAAAAUGCUAGCCAAUUCUAAUAUUCAUAAUGACUACAAGUUUUAAUCAUGAAAUAAUUACUACAAAUUUAUAAAAUUCAAAUUUCUAUGGAUUAAAAGAAUAUUAGAUUUAUUUCUUUUAAUAAGAUUGCUUACCAUUACUAAGUAUGGAUGGAUAAAUUCUUUUUAGAAAUGAAAAUUAAAUAUAUGAAGAACAUAUAGGGAAUGGACAAAUCUAUUUAAAUAAAUAAGUAUUAGAAACUAUGAAAUUACUUGGCAUAACUAUUAUAUAAUUAUGUUCAAUAGAAAAUGUUUUAUGUAAAUUUGGAGAUCCAUAUUGGAUUGGAGCAUUUACAAGAUUAAAAUUAGAUUUAAGUUUCAAAUGUAUUUAAAAAAGAAAUACAGAUGAAAAAUUACCUAUUAUUGUUAAAAAUGAACAAUCUCAAUUACAAAUAGUUGGUAAUAAUAAUUCUAUAAGUUUAGAAAAUAAUGAUAUGUCUGUAAGAUAAAUUGAAAAAUUAGAUGGAGUAAUAGGAUAAGCAUUAUGUUCACUUGAUUAUGCUUUAAAUUUGAAUCAAAAUUAUAGAUUUUAAUUGCAAGCUAAGUAUUAUUUUAUUGUUACAAAGCUUUACUAUUCGUUAAAAAAAAUGUACAUAUUUCGAUUAUAAAUUAAAUUAAAUCAUCUAACCUUAAUUAGCUACUACAAAUGCUCUGAAAUUUGAAAUUACCUAUUAUGAUGCAUUGCCCUAUUGUUCCAUAUAAAAGUUUGGUUUAUUUAGAAUAAAAAGAGAGGAUGAAUAUGCAGCUAUUAUAAACAAUUCAAAUGAUAAUAAAGAUACAGCUUAAACAGCAAGAUUAGCAUAUUUGUAAAGAGAUUUAAGAUGGAUAACAUAAUUAGGAUAUCAAUUUAAUUUUGAGAUUGAAAUUUCACCAAAGAUAACUUAUUUUGGAGAAGGACUUCAUGAAAUAUUACAGAAGAUUGAUAUCAAUAAAAUCAAAGAUAAGACAUAAUUUAAUUUAGAAUUUGAUAAUAAAGAAUUAAGAAUGGUUAGAUAUUAUAGCAAUCAUAAUUAAAUGAAACAAAAUAUACAAACUAAAAAUUUAAGUUCUCAUCUAAUCUAAUCUGUGAAAGAAUUAAAUCUUAUUAAUUUAAAUUCUAAAGAAUAGGCAUCUCUAUUUUAAUUGCCUCUUGGUGUAUAAAAAUAAAUUAAUACUUCUUAUAGGACUAGUUUUUAAUAGAAAUCUGAUACAUAUAGAGAUGGAAUGUAAAAAGAGAAAUAUCAUUAUUUUGAAAAUAAAUUUAGAUACAAUGCUGAUUGA